CUCUUUCAAGUUAACAAAUUCCGACAGCUGCAACUAUGGAAAAGUUAUUGAUAAAUUACAUAUUUAUCGUCGCUUGUGGCUUCUUGUUGCUGUUUCAGCCCAUUCACACACUGCGUAUUAAGCGCGCUGAUAACCAGGCUAAUUCCACAGCUGCAAGCAAGUUGCCAUUGCCGAUUCCAUUGGCCGUUGAUAAGGCACAAGCCAAGAUCUCAAACACAACAGCAGCUGCAAUUGCCACAGCUGCAAAUAUAGGAGCAAUCAAAGUUCCACUUGCAGUUCCAGCUCCAGUUCCAGUUGCAUUUUCUCCAAAUCUGCAGGCAGAAAAUAAAUUAGAGGAAUCUCUGCCCCUGGAGCUGACGGAUCGCAUGCAGCGUGCUAAGCGUCACAUGGCGCUUAUUGACGAGUCUCUGUUGCCAAAAGCUGGACACCGUGCUUACCACCAUAAUGGCAACGGUGGUGCCAAUGGCAACCCGGCACCACCGUAUGUUUACUACAAUAAGAUGAUUUCACCGGAUGGCAAGCAGGAGCUGAAGGAGUUUCAGUUGUUGGCACCAAAUGUGGUAAUCGAGAGCUUGCAACACGAUAUGAACUAUGGGCCAAUGCCAGACAUGGGCGGUGUCCUGCUCCUGAAUGCGGACAACAAUCUGAAUGGACGCAUGCAUGGAUUGGUCAAGUCAAAGCAUCACCAUAAACACAAGUCCCCAUCGCUGGCUCUGCCGCCCUUUCUGUACAUGCUGCAGCAGAUGCUGCAGCCAAACUUGAAUCUGGACAUGGAACGCAGUCGUAUCGAUACACCGAUCUAUCAGUUUCUCGACAACGCUGUGGAUAAUGCGCUGCGCAAUAAUCACGAGGUGAUUGAACACGACAACGAGUCCAGCGACAAAGAGAAGGACAAUUACCAUGACAGUGAAUUGCCAUCACAGAAGAUCGAAUUGGGCAAGGAGGACAAGUCCAAGGAGUCCAACGAAUUGAUGCCAAAUCGCAAGGAUGACGAACUAAUUGUCAGCUGUCCCAUUCACCACGAGCAUCAUGCCGGCAAUAACGGUGAAACUAUCGACGAUGAUGUUGUUCUGGUCAACGAGUGUCAUAUCGCUUAGCUAGGUGGUAGGUAGGUGUCGAAAAAGCUAGCCAAGUUAUUAGUUUUAGAGAAACUCGCUUUAAAUUUUAGGUAGGUCACUUUUCCGUUCUGUAUUCUAGUGUUAAAAUUGUUUAUAUACUUUGUUUUUGGUUGCAAGUUUUACUACAAACAAACUGCAAAAUUCAUCUACUCUUAAAACAAAUAUAGCCAAAUAAAUCACUUAUCCGUAACUAAA